CAAUUUCAGUCCAAGCAGGACCUUCCUGGCCUCGAUGGAACUUCUCUCCAUGCACAACACAUUCAUCCCAAACUACAAAUGUGGCUUUGGGAACAUUCCUGUAGCAGCAAUUGGGGGACCUGACAUCUGCCUCCACAUAGCAAGCAUUUUGUGCCUCUACAAAACUCCACAGCUCACUUAUGGCUCUGCUCCAGUAGUGAAUAAAGAAAUCCAAGGUGUAUUUUUACAACAAAUGUUCCCAAAGGAGGCCCUGGUACACCAAGGCAUCCUCCAGAUACUGACGAAUUUUAGGUGGACGUGGAUUGGAGUUCUUUCCAUGAAAGAUGAUGCGGGAGAGAAGUUUGUACGGGAUGUACUCCCCAUGUUUUCUCAGCAUGGAAUCUGCUUUGAUUUUAUAGAAACUUUCCCCAUCUUGGCUUUUUACAGUGACUUUAUGGAAGUGAUGGAUAAAGGACUCGAAAUAUACAAAGUUCUCAUGAAAAGCACGGCCAAUGUAAUACUUGUGUAUGGAGAAAUUCAGACUAUGACAUUUUUAAAAUCGUUUCUCCGUUUUUCAGAAGUGGAAGACGUACCAGUGAGGACCAAAAUCUGGGUCAUGCCAGCACAAAUAGAUUUUGCAUCAGUAUCCUUUAACAGAAACUGGGAUAUAAGUUUCAUCCAUGGUGCUUUAUCGCUCUCCGUUCAGUCCAAGGAGGUGUUUGGGUUCCAGGAAUUUCUUCAAAGCAGAAAUCCAACCAUAGAACCACAGGAUGGAUUCAUCAGAGACUUUUGGGAGCAGGUGUUUGAUUGCUCAUUGCUCAACUCGAAAAAGAAUAAAGGAUCUGAGAGCAUUUGUACUGGAGAAGAGAAAUUAGAGACUCUUCCUACUUCUACUUUUGAAAUUAGCAUGACUGGCGACAGCUACAAUAUGUACAAUGCUGCCUAUGCUGUAGCACAUGCUUUGCAGUCAAUGCAUUCCUCUAAAUCUAAGCAAAGAAAUUGGAUGGCUUUGGGGAAACAUACAUUUCAGGACCUACAAUCGUGGCAGGCACACCCCAUUUCUUUGUGUAAUAAUCAUUGCCCUAGAGGGUAUAGGAAGACCAAGAAGGAAGGGAAGCCAUUUUGUUGUUAUGAUUGCCUUCCAUGUCCAGAAGGGAAGAUUUCAACUGAAGAGGAUACACAGGGCUGUUCUUCAUGUCCUGAAGAUCAAUACCCAAAUGACAACAAAGAUUCAUGCCUCCACAAAGUUAUAACUUUCUUAUCAUAUGAAGAACCACUGGGGAUGAGCUCGGCUAUUUGUGCUCUUUCUUGUUCUUUGAUCACAAUUUUAGUGCUCAAGACCUUCAUUCAACACAGGGACACUCCCAUCGUCAAAGCCAACAACAGGAACCUCACCUACAUUAUCCUCACCUCCCUCCUGCUCUCUUUCCUUUCUGUUUUGCUAUUUAUUGGGAGACCCAAUCAAGUUGUGUGUCUUCUUCGACAACCAGCCCUUGGCAUGAUCUUCUCAGUGGCGGUUUCCGGGUUGUUGGCCAAAACCAUUGUGGUGGUCCUAGCGUUCAUGGCCACCAUGCCUGGGUCUAAAAUGAGGAGAUGGGUGGGGAAAAGAAUGGUGAGCUCCAUCGUUCUUUCCUGCUCUCUGGUUCAAGCCACCAUUUGUGCCUCAUGGCUAAUGACAUUCCCACCAUACCCAGACUUUGAUAAGCACUCAAUGUCUCAAGAGAUUGUACUAGAAUGCAAUGAAGGAUCGGUGACCAUGUUUUUCUCUGUCUUGGGCUUUAUGGGCUUCUUGGCCAUUGUCAGCUUCUCUGCUGCUUUUCUAGCUCGGAAACUCCCUGACAGUUUCAAUGAAGCCAAAUUCAUCACCUUCAGCAUGUUUGUCUUCUGCAAUGUUUGGUUGUCCUUUGUUCCCAGCUACUUGAGUACCAAAGGAAAAUAUAUGGUGGCUGUGGAGAUCUUCUCCAUCUUAUCCUCCGGUGCUGGCUUAUUGGGUUGUAUCUUUGCCCCCAAAUGCUUUAUCAUCCUGCUUAGACCUGAACUGAACAGCAAGCAUUUGCUCAUGAAGAAGCAAUAUUGA